UGUGGGCUCCUGUCUUGUUGGCUGCCGCUGUUCGCCAAUGGCGAACGUGUUACUGAUGAUCUCUCAGAUCACCCCGAGUCUGUACCUGAGUGGAGUGGAGGCCGUGAAUCAGUCAGCGCUGGAGCACAGAGGCAUCACUUUGCUAGUGAACGCCUGUGCUGAAUACCCCUGUCCGGAGUAUCAGGGGGUGAAGUGCGUUUGGGUGCCGGUGGAGGACCGUCCUCACGCCCCUCUGGAGCAGCACUUUGACAGCGUGGCUGAGCAGAUCCAGCAGAACCACACUGGAAGCACUCUGGUGUUCUGCUCGGCCGGGAGAAGCAGGUCUCCGUCUCUUAUCAUGGCGUAUCUCAUGCGGUUUGAGGGACUCUCGCUGCUUCAGGCUCUUCAGUGGGUUCUGGCAGCACGGCCCUUCAUUCGACCAAACGCGGGCUUCUGGAGACAACUGCUUCAGUAUGAGAGGAAACUGACCCACAGCAACAGCAUCAGGAUGGUGGCUACCUCACAGGGCGUCCUACCUGAGGCCAUCCAGCUCACACAGGACUCGUCAUACUGCCUUGAUGUAUAAUUCUGGACACCCUGAA